AUGUAUAAUUAUCCCAUGCUGGCAGUAUUCAUAGACCAUGACUCUCUAUCCAACAGAUCCCACCUGAAGAGAUCAGAGAUGGCCCAGAAAAGCCGCCUACCUGCCCCUUAUGGAGUACCUGUCCUUGCAGUGUUACUUUUGCCGUGUCUAGUCACAGGUGUGGAGCUGGCUAUAAACAAUAGUUCAGAUAACCAAAUACUAUCCACAAAGCCCGGCCGUGAUGAGUCCCUGUGGUGCACUGUAAGUAACAACAGCAGGGCGGAGGAAUUACGCUGGUACCGAGGAGACGGGACUGUGAACUUGAAAGAUGGAAAUAAAAUUAAUACCACUAACAUCUGCAUACUUCCAGUCUCUAAGACCGACAAUGGAGUCAGCUUUACCUGCAAGCUGGUGCGGAACGAGUCCAUUCAGAUCUCGGUGACUCUGGAUGUCCAGUUUCCUCCUCUCCUAACUGGGGAAGACCCUCCUCCAGUAGAAGAAAAGAAUGAUGUGAAGCUGACUUGCAAUGUGAAUUCCAACCCUCAAGCUGAAAUGGUUUGGUAUAAAGACAACAGCACCCUGACCCUGAAGAAAGAUCGCUAUCAGAUAUACCAUACUAGUGAGGUCUUCCAGCUGACUAUCAAGAAAGUAGAAAAAUCUGACAAUGGAACAUACACUUGUGAGGCUAAAUCUGUUCUCGGAGAGAUGAGAAAGGAGUUCCACCUGACAGUUGAAGAUAGAAAACCGGUUUUUCCCUUGGAGGCUAUUAUUGCUGCCAUCGUGGUGGUUUUACUCACUGUAAUUUUUGGAAUUGUGGCUCGAAGAGAAAAAAUAUUGAAGUGCUUCAAAAAGACAAAAAAAACACCAAGUGAAACAGCUCUGUGAAGAAAUCCUGAGGUUACUGUGUGCGCCUAAGAAGUACCAUCUGUAGCAGGACAUAUGCCCUUGUGUUAAGGGAUGGGAUUAGCCAUUAUGCAUUGCAAUAGUUACUCUAGUUCAUAUAGUUCCUUCUAUAUUUAUUGUUAUUUUACACAAUGAUCCUUUCAAAAUGUAAAUGGUUCUUUAUAUAUGUUGAUUAUAACCUACUGCUUUGAACACAUUCCUUCUGGGGAGGGGCAGGGGGAGAGGAUGACUACAUUGCUUCCUUUUGGUCUGCCUCCAUUUUUAUUCCUAAAGGAUGUUUGCAUGUAAUCAGGAUCAUUAUUUCUUAGGAGUCUGUUCCUGUUGAUUAGGCCCCAGUGGAAGUCACAAUGAGUUGCCAUGGAAAUGAUUAUGUCGUCACAACCCGAAGAGCUUGAUGUCAAGGGCACAAAUACCAGUAGCGGAUAAUUUGUUAAGAACGGGAAGGCUUGGGGGCUGAACAGCUCAGUGGUUAGGUAAUAAGAAAGAAAAUCUCUCGUAUGCUGGUUUAGCUCCCUCCAUGGCCCACUGUGACCAAAUGUCGUUUAAUGGGUCUCAGUCCAAUUCCCAGGACAUGGUCAUCAGCACAAUGGGCACUCACUCCUUUUCUCCUUUGCUGCUAGUCCCCUCAGAAAGGCAAAGACCUGAAGCGCCCGCAGGGACUCACCCCUAGAGGUGGCCCCUUCCAGCCAGUGUCGAGGCACUCAGGUAGUACAGUAGAUGAAGCCAGCACUGCUGCUGCCUCCACUGUACCCCCUCGUUUGGAACAAUGGAUUUCAGGGCCUGGGGCGGUCGCUCGAAUACCUUUUACAAACACUAUGUUAAAAUAAACAAUCGUUUUAGAAUCAA